UUCUCCACAUGCGCCGCGCCAAACGCCCACCAUUAUUACUACCUUCCCUUCCCUUCUUCUUGUUGCAGUCAACCUCGCCAUGGCCUCGCCUAUGCCAACGCCUACCCACCGCGUCAAGCGCCGCCGCCUCGACCUCUCCCCGCCCCCGCACCUCAACGACCUCGCCGACGAGCUCCUCUUCCUCAUCCUCGACCGUGCCGCCGCCCAUGACCCCCGCGCCCUCAAGUCCUUCUCCCUCGUCUCCCGCGCCUGCCACGCCGCCGAGUCGCGCCACCGCCGCGUACUCCGCCCCUUCCGCCCCGACCUCCUCCCCGCCGCGCUCGCCCGCUACCCCGCCCUCUCCCGCCUCGAUCUCUCCCUCUGCCCGCGCCUCCCCGACGCCGCCCUCGCCGCGCUCCCCGCCGCGCCGUCCGUCUCCGCCGUCGACCUCUCCCGCUCCCGGGGGUUCGGCGCCGCCGGCCUCGCCGCGCUCGUCGCCGCGUGCCCCAAUCUCACGGACCUCGACCUCUCCAAUGGCCUCGACCUCGGGGAUGCCGCGGCGGCGGAGGUGGCCAAGGCGCGCCGCCUGCAGAGGCUCUCGCUGUCGCGAUGCAAGCGCAUCACUGACAUGGGGCUCGGAUGCAUCGCCGUCGGAUGCCCCGACCUGCGCGAGCUCUCGCUCAAGUGGUGCAUCGGGGUCACUCAUCUCGGACUAGACCUCCUCGCCCUCAAGUGCAACAAGCUCAACAUCCUGGAUCUCUCCUACACCAUGAUUGUAAAAAAAUGCUUUCCAGCCAUCAUGAAGCUACAAAGUCUACAAGUGUUACUACUGGUGGGAUGUAAUGGAAUUGAUGAUGAUGCCCUUACUAGUCUUGAUCAAGAAUGCAGCAAAUCACUACAGGUUCUUGAUAUGUCAAAUUAUUACAAUGUCACUCAUGUCGGUGUUCUGUCCAUUGUGAAGGCAAUGCCGAAUCUGUUGGAACUCAAUCUAUCAUACUGCUCUCCUGUUACUCCUUCUAUGUCAAGCAGCUUCGAAAUGAUUCAUAAAUUGCAGACACUGAAGCUGGAUGGUUGCCAAUUCAUGGAUGAUGGAUUAAAAUCCAUUGGGAAAUCCUGUGUUUCUUUGAGGGAGUUAAGUCUGAGCAAAUGUUCUGGAGUGACAGACACAGAUCUUUCUUUUGUCGUGCCAAGACUGAAAAAUUUGCUGAAGCUGGAUGUUACUUGUUGUCGCAAAAUCACUGAUGUUUCAUUAGCUGCCAUCACAACCUCAUGCCCCUCCCUCAUCUCUCUGAGAAUGGAGUCCUGUAGCCUUGUUUCCAGCAAAGGACUACAGCUGAUUGGAAGGCGCUGCACUCACUUGGAGGAAUUGGAUCUUACUGACACUGAUUUGGAUGAUGAAGGUUUGAAAGCUCUCUCUGGAUGCAGCAAACUUUCAAGCCUAAAAAUUGGCAUAUGCUUGAGGAUAACUGAUGAGGGCCUUAGACACGUUAGCAAGUCCUGUCCAGAUCUCCGAGAUAUCGAUUUGUACAGGUCUGGGGCGAUCAGUGAUGAAGGGGUUACUCAUAUAGCUCAAGGAUGCCCAAUGUUAGAGUCUAUCAAUUUGUCCUACUGCACAAAAUUAACAGACUGUUCACUGAGAUCACUUUCAAAAUGCAUAAAGCUGAACACAUUGGAGAUUCGUGGCUGCCCCAUGGUUUCAUCUGCUGGUCUCUCGGAAAUUGCCACAGGAUGCAGGCUACUUUCUAAGCUUGAUAUCAAGAAAUGCUUUGAGAUCAAUGACAUGGGAAUGAUUUUCCUUUCCCAAUUCUCUCACAACCUCCGGCAGAUAAACUUGUCAUAUUGUUCGGUCACCGACAUUGGGCUUAUAUCCCUUUCAAGCAUAUGUGGCUUGCAGAACAUGACCAUUGUGCAUUUAGCGGGUGUUACGCCUAAUGGACUGAUAGCUGCUCUUAUGGUCUGUGGUUUGAGAAAAGUGAAGCUUCAUGAAGCAUUCAAAUCCAUGGUGCCAUCACAUAUGCUCAAAGUUGUUGAAGCCCGUGGUUGUCUUUUCCAGUGGAUUAAUAAACCCUACCAGGUUGCGGUAGAACCGUGUGAUGUAUGGAAGCAGCAGUCGCAGGAUUUGCUUGUACAGUGAAAUGUUUCAAAGAUAAACGUUGUGGAAACUGGGGCGUGUUUUGUGGUGUUGAAUUUAUCUAGAGCAAUAUCUCCAGUCCUAGAGAAUGAGCUCCAAAAGUUUUGUGCCAUAACUGGCUGAAUAGUGUAUUGAAUUGCUGACGGUAGUAUUGUCAGAACAACAUACUAGUACUGGUAUUUUGCUUGUAUGCCAGUGGAGGCGAGGGAGGUUAUAUUCUUGCUGUGUUGUAUAUAGCGCAGGUAGGAAUCAACAAUCAAAGAGAGAUCAUUGGGGUAAAGCAUGUUGUAAGUAGUGCGGAGUAUGUGAUAUGCCUUGCUGUGCCUUUUUGAUGCACAAUUUGAUUAAUGGAAUGGAACAUUGCAUUCUCACUAUAA